AUGAAUUUAUUCAGAAUAUUAGGUGAUCUUUCACAUCUGGCAAGUAUAUUAAUCUUAAUUCGCACCAUUAAGGCAACAGAUUCCAUCGAUGGUAUCUCAUUCAAGACUCAAGCACUAUAUGUCAUAAUCUUCUUCACGCGUUACUUAGAUCUCCUAACUUUCCAACACAUCUCCAUUUACAAUUCAUUAAUGAAGUUGUUCUUCAUAGGAUCAUCCCUUUAUAUCGUCAUCUUAUUACAACGUUCCAAAGCAAUCCAACCAAUCGCUUACAGAGAAAUGAUAAUGGCUGACACAUUCAAAGUUCAAUACUUACUAGGUGGUUCUUUAAUCAUGGCAUUACUUUUCAAUUAUAAAUUCUCAUUCUUCGAAAUCUUAUGGAGUUUCUCCAUCUGGUUAGAAAGUGUGGCAAUCUUACCACAAUUAUUCAUGCUUUCUAAAAGUGGGAAAUCGAAAAGUUUAACCAUCCAUUAUAUCUUCGCAUUGGGUAUCUAUAGGACUUUAUAUAUUCCUAAUUGGAUUUGGAGGUAUUUUGUGGAGGGGAAAGUGGAUAAAUUGGCUGUUAUCUCGGGGAUUGUACAAACUUUGAUUUAUUCUGAUUUCUUUUACAUUUAUUAUAAGAAAGUUAUUAAGGGCUCUAAUUUACAAUUGCCUCAAUAG